AUUUAUGAACCAAAUUCUAUGAGGUGGAAUUUAGGCAGGACUGAUCACAAAGGUAAGGCUUCAAUCUGACAAUUGAUUAACAAAUUUCAAAUGAAACUGUCCUUUCAUCGUGUUUUCUUCUUUUAUGCUACUGCUUACUUUUAUCUCUGACUCGCUUCCUAUCUUCCAUUAAAAAUAAAAUAAACUUUCUUUGGUUAAGUUCAAAUUUUCAAAUUCCACCGAAGAAUUCCAAUACCCAAAUACAGCUUUCGAGUGACUGUUGCAACCACCUUUUACCAGGCCAUGGCUGUCUCUCCAAAGCAGAGAAAAAGCCCUGUCAAGGUCUCUUUCUCUUUAUAUUCAUUCAUCAUACAUGCAUACAUACAUAAGCAUCAUCUACAUAUGUAUAUUUACAUGUAUGCAAUGGAAAGGAAACAUGUUUGUCUUUCUAGGAGUACCCAAGUACGUGAUUGCUUUCCCUUUUUUUGGGAUAUAUCAGGUGAAGCGAGGGAGACCACCCAAGUGCAAGUUGUUCAGGAAGAAGCUUUCAGGGCUAGACAAAAUCACUGUCAAUCAAUUAGUCUCUCAUGAAAAGGAGAAGGCUCAAUGUCAUAAACGGAAGAGAGCUACAUAUAAUGGCUUGUAUAAAAAUGCUGAACUCAAGUCUGCUGUAAUGAAACAAGCAUUGGAGGUUCAAGCUAAUCUAUCAUCUGAAUUCCCUAGCCUGGUUAAAUGCAUGCAUCCAUCAAAUGUUACUGGAGGAUUUUGGGUGGGUCUUCCCAAGCACUUUUGCUCGAAGCAAUUGCCAAAGGAAAACAGAACGAUGGUUUUGGAAGACGAAGAAGGUAAAGAGUUUCAAACCAAAUAUUUAGUGGAAAAGGUUGGUCUCAGUGGUGGAUGGAGAGGGUUCUCUAUUGCUCACAAAUUAUUGGAGGGAGAUGUCUGUGUCUUUCAUUUAGUCAAACCCUCCAAAUUUAAGGUGUACAUUGUAAGAAGAAAAGGUUCAGAUGAAGUGGAUGUUGCUCUUGGCCUUCUAAAAUUAGAAUCUUCCACCCAACAAAUUGAACUUGAGAAGGAACCCAAGAUUUUUGUAAAAACAAGAGAUAAGCCUUUGGAAAAUUAUGGGAUGUAUGAAAAUAGGAUUUCUGUAGAAAAAACAGGUAAAUUUUUGGAGGUCCUUCCACUGGAUAUUUCUGAAAAAGCUAUUCAAAAUGAUAGACUGGAUCUUGGAUCUGAAGUUUUGGACAGUAUCAAGCUUUCUGAAUCCAUGAUUGAUUUUAAAGAAGUGAAGAAUUUUGAGGAUUUUAACAUUCUUGUUAAUGGUUUAAUCAUAGAUUCUGAGUUUUCCAAAUACCUGAAGACAAAGUACUAUGAGCUUUGUUGUAAUCAAAAGUCAUUCCUUCAUGAAAAUCUUCUUGAGGGACUUAACUGUAAAUUGGUUGCUGGAGUCAUUGCUGAGACUAUCAAUAUUGCUGAUGCCAUUAGAGCUGCCAAGCUUACAACGUCCCACCACAGUUUUCUGACUUGGGGCCAAACUUUGAAAUCAUUCAAGGGGUUGGGCAUGAAAGUUGGCUUUUUAAGUGCUCGGUUGGACCAAUUGAUGAACCUCUCCAUGAAGUCAAGGAGGUACCAAGAAGCUAGACUUGAACAAAUUAAUGCAAACGAGAAGAAGAGGAAACUUGAAGCAAAGCUUGUGGAAGUAACCGAGGCACUGAAUAGGCUUGUUGUAGAUAUAGGGUCAUUGGAGGAGGAGAAUGCUGAUAGGCUUGAGAUUCUGUUUCAGGAAGUGGCCAGUGCCCCUCGGUGAAAGUGGACAGUUUAGUGUUGGUGGGUUAUGGCUAUUGUGCUGGAAACAAACUGAGCUUCUGUUUUGGAAGAAGUUCCAUGUUCCAUAGUGACGGGAAAUUUUUGCGGAUCCCACGCACAGCAGCAGAUAGUAUUUUGUGAAGAAGAUAGUGUACAUCAUCAAUCGAUAUACUGCUAGUAUUUUUCUGAAGGAGAUAUUAUAUUAUAUCGUCUUCAGGAAUUCCAUUUUGUAGGCUUUUGAAUUGCCAUGCAGGAAGGCAAUUACCAUCAAAUAUGAAAGUCUGUUGUAUGUUUAUAACAGAUGAAACCGAUAACUGAAGAGCAGCUUUUAGCGUAUUGAUGUAACCAUGUUCUCUUUUGAUCUCCGUUUUCUCUUUUCUUACUCCUAUCUUCUCUUUUUCUGCUGCUGAAUUUUCUCCUGUUUGUCUUGGCAUUAUGGUGUUGAGAGGAUUCUCAAACCCAAACAUCAUCCUUUUUUCUGGGUUUUCUUCAGGAAUUCCU